AUGAAUAUGGAUGCCCAGUGGGAAAGAUGCGCCACGUGUACGCCACUUGAAGAUUCAUCGACACCGUCGUCUCCGUCUCCCCACAAGCACCAACCUCUAUGCCCGCAAAACCUCACCGUUUUCUUCUUAUUCCCUUCUCUAACCCUCGAAUCAAAUACAUCACAUUCCCAGGCUUCUUCGAACCCCAACCUCUCAAUUCCCAUGGCCAAGAAGAGGAAGUCCGUCGCUACACGACUCGAUGAAGUCGACCGCACCAUGUACUCCACCUUCUGCAGCGCCGCCAACUCCCUCUCUCACCUUUACACCCAGGCUAUGAACCAACAAAAACUCUCCUUCCAAGCUGGCGAACGACACUCUCUGGAAAAAUUAUAUCAAUGGAUUCUUAGACAAGAAGAAGAAGGAUCAAGAGCGGCAACAAUUGAUAUAGUUUCUUAUUUGAAGAAUGAGCUUGAAUAUGGAACAGAAGAAUCACCAAUGUCCCCAAGGCUGCCAUUUCACCAGCAACAAUUCCAGAUUGCAAUGCAUACUAAUACCAUAAGUGCAUCCAUACCCUCUAAUGCACUUGCAGCAGCUGUUACAGGGCAGGCAAUUCGUAAUGGGCAACCUGAUCAGCAAGGCAAGAAUUCUGUGUUUUCCAAUGCUCUGUCUAGCCCCAUUCGUCGCAGCCUUCAGCCAUUUCAGUUAGCACAGGGAGGUAGCCUUUCGAGUAAUAUCAUGUUAUCAGGGAAUGGAAACAGGAACACUGAGAUUGGGUAUCUCAAUAACCCCAACAGGGAUACUAAUUCUUCCAACUCUAGUGAUGGCAUGGACAUGCAUGCAGACAGUCCAGGCCAUGAUUUUUCUUAUUGAUGCUGAUGAUUUUGUUGGAACUGGAACAUGAAAGAGAAGGAUUGACUAAGUCUCUGGUAAUAAUGUGUGUGGUGAGAAGGGUGAAAUGUGCUGUGGAUAUUACUUUUUUCUUUUGUGUAUCUUGUGGGUCAGUUUGAACAUGUAAACUCAUAUUGAGGAAAAUAUUUGGCUAAUAUCCCAAGUGAUAACACGAGAAACAGAUUGUAUAAUGAGAGGUUUCUGGUUAUACUAUGAGGGAGCGUUGGAUA